GGGUUCCAAACGCGCCCUGUGUUUACAUCGUCUUGCCGCGACUUACCCCCCCUCGCUCCUAACCACCAACAACCCGCAGCCAACUCUCCCUUCAUAUCAGGUCCCUGCCAGGAUCGUCCAGAUUGAUCAAAUGAGCUCUAGCCUCUAGUAUAGUCUUCUGAGCGAACGAACCUUUUGCCUACGCUACCAUCAUAAUGGACGAUAUCGAAGACCUGCGACGAAGGCUCCUAGAGGAGCAACAACUUGCCGCUACAUCGCAGCGACAACGUGAAGAGGAGCAACGCGGACGCAAAGCAGCCGAAGAACUUGCCACUACAUCGCAGCCGCAGACCCUUCAGCAAUACCUCGAGACCUGCCAUUCAGUCUAUCUUGCUAUUCAGGUUGUAACUAACCGAUCUUUGACUACGCAAGGCGAGACUACCAAUCCGACCGGCCGAAUUUUCCCUCGACAAAUUAUACCCUGGGAUGACUUUGCAAUGAGACAGGAGGAGAUCUGGAACGCCCUUUCGGUCGGCGACUUGUUCUCCACGCCCGCAUUUCCAUCUAAGCAUCAGAUGGAUUACGUGAAGUCGAUGCUCAAGCCUAUUAGCAGUGAGAUUGGGCUCCGAUACUUCGAGCAUGUUGUCGUCGAAAACGCCGUUCAAAAUUUAAUGGACAGGGCAUACACGGAUCCACUACUACGAAGAAAUCUUGACCUCCAAGGGUCCGUGACAUUCGAAAGUCACACGAAUCUCGGUACAACCGACGAUCCCAUAUCUCAGCCCAUGGAGCACAUGCCUCUUGGUGGGGGAAGCUCUGAUGUAGUGGCGUCAGCGUUUAUCCCGGAGCGACCGACGGCUUCCAAUACUCGUCGCAAAGCGAGGGGCAGGGGCAAUCGGGCGGACCAGUUUUGUAUAUACAGGACUACGGGUGGCCAAAAAGUCCCAGCGCUCGCUAUUGAAUACAAGGCACCGCACAAGCUGACAGUGGAUGAGAUCAUCACAGGCCUUGAGUCAGAAAUUCAGCCGGAACGUGAUGUGAUCAACCAUGAUGGCCGAGGUUUUGACUUCACAGCCAAGCGGCUCACCGCUGCCGUCAUCACCCAGCUCUUCUCCUAUAUGAUCGGCAAGAGCAUCCGGUACGGUUACGUGUGCACUGGACAGGCACUCGUCUUCCUCCACAUUCCAGACGAUCCGUCAAUAGUCUACUACUCGGUAUGCUUACCGGACCAAGACGUAAUGGAUGACGAUGAGACGAGACUCCAUCGAACAGCCGUCGCACAGGUUUUAGCCUUUAUUCUCCAAGCUCUUCGCGCAAGUCCACCAACCCAGUCAUGGCAAGACGAGACCGAGACCCUUGGUCUUUGGGCUGUGGAGUACGAUGAUAUUCUGAAAGAUAUCCCCGCCACAGAACGAAAACGUAAGGAACCCCGUGCUUCUCCAUAUAAGCCGCAGCGCUGGAAAGGCUUCAAGAGGUCGCCAGUUCGGACCCGGUCUCGCUGCCAGCAGCCGAACCCUAGUGCUGGACCGUCAGAGGAAGACGACGACCCUCCUUCCCCUACCCCCAAUCCCUCUCGCACUGAUGGGAAAGCGGCGCCGUCGAGAGGAACAAGCUCGCAUGGUGGUGGGAACCAAGGACAACACCGAGGCAAUCAGCAGCAGUCGGGCCCAGCGACGAAGUCGGACAUACAAAGCCGGCCAUUCUGUUCACAAAAUUGUCUCCUGGGAUUAGCAUAUGGCGGGCCUACGGACGAGAACUGCCUUAACGCAGACUAUCACGGGCAGGAGCACAUCAGCCGGCUCGAGUUCCUCCGACUCAUCCGAGACCAGCUUGCCACGGACCGCGGCAGCGAUGCGGAUUGCACACCACUCUAUCUAUCGGGGGCGCGGGGAUCACUCUUCAAGGUUCGGCUGUCAUCCCACGGCUAUACGCUCGUUGCCAAGGGUGUGGAGGGACUCGAUCGUGCCCUCUUACAGCACGAGAACGAGAUGUACAACCGACUCCGGCCUAUCCAGGGAAAACACGUUCCCGUAUGUCUCGACCGUAUAGACUUGGUCCGGCCAUACUACUAUGACUGCGGUGUUUACGUGCAUUUCAUGUUUCUCAGCUGGGCUGGACAACCCCUGUUUGACUGUGUGGACCAGGACCUUAAACCGGGCAUCAACGACGCCGUCAGCACAAUGCUCAAAGCAGUGCACAAAUUGGGUGUUCUUCACCGUGAUGCAGAGCCCCGCAACAUUCUAUACAAUACAAAUAGCGGCAAGCUCAUGCUUGUGGAUUUCGAGCGUGCAGAGUUCUACGAUCGCCGGCCCCUAGGCUUGAUAUUUCCUAAUGCCCAGAGUCCGAAAGGGAAAAGGAAGCGGGGAAUCUUGCAGAAACAAAAGAAAGACAACUUUACGAAAGAGCUGGAAUGUGCUGUGGAGACGGUUUCAAGGUAUACUGCGAGCUUGCCGAGUCCGACAGUCGUUGGUGUGGACACAAAAAUAUAA